AUGGGGACUUCGAUCAUAGACCUUCAACGAGGGAUAAUCUUGGACAACAUCAGAGCCAUAAGCGGCGAUGACUGGAAAGUUCUCGUACUGGACGAGCGCAGUCGAAAACUGGUAACAAAUGUCACCAAGGAGGACGACAUUCUGAAUGCAAAUAUCAUCAAUAUCGAGCAGCUCGAGGACAGGCGGCAGACUCAGUCAACUACUGAUGCGAUAUACCUCCUCUCGCCUCUGCCGCAUGUGGUCGAGGCUCUCAAGGCGGAUCUAAAUCGUCGCCGUUAUCGUCGCGCGUUUCUGGUAUGGACAUCUCAUCUCCCACGCCCACUGCAAGAUGAGCUCUUCCGGUCCGAAACUCGACAGCGCAUGAUCGCUGACUCCAGGAGCCUUGACAUCGACUUCUAUCCCCGAGAAUCCCAUGUAGUGACAUUUCGAGAACCCUGGAGUUUUCACGCCUUGUUCCAUCCGGCGUGUGACUCCCUGAUCAAAAGCCAUCUGGACUCCUUGACCGCCAAAGUCGUGUCUCUGUGUGUGUCUCUGGGCGAGUACCCGAUUGUCAAAUACUAUCGCCCCAAAAAUCCGCGUCAUGAAGCGAGUGUUUUGUGUUCCCAUUUGGCAUCUUUCAUCCAAGGAGCGCUAGACAGCUACACCGGAGCGCAUCGGGACCGUUUCCCACCUCCUUCGCCCAGGCCACGAGGUUAUCUGUUCAUUACGGACCGCUCGAUGGAUCUUAUGUCGCCACUCGUGCAUGAGCUGACUUAUCAGGCUAUGGCCAUGGACGUUCUGCCAAUGCAGGAUGACGAUGAGAAGGUGACUUACAGAAACACCAUCCGCCGAGGCCAGGAAGACCAGGAGGAGAAAGACGUUGAGCUCAAUGAUAAUGACAAGCUCUGGGUGGAACAUCGACACAUGCAUAUGAAAGAUCUUCUGGUGCAGCUCAGCGAAGCAUUCAAAAGGUUCCAGGCCAAAAACCCUCAAUUUGCAGACAGCGAAGGAGAGAAGGUCAGCGUCAACACCAUCAAGGACAUGUUAGCAGGUCUACCCGAAUUCCAAGAAGGGAAAGAAGCGUUCUCGCUGCACAUCGAUAUGGCCGAGAAGUGCGCGAAGAUCUUCCAGGACCACAAGAUUCUCGAUCUCAGCUCAGUCGAGCAGUCGCUGGCAACAGGACUGGACGAGGAUAACAAGAAGCCUCGUAAUUUGGCAGAUCAGAUGGUUCGUUUACUAGACGAUGACAGUAUUGUCCAUGAAGAUCGACUGCGAUUGCUAAUCAUGUAUAUCAUUUACCGCAAUGGCAUUCUAGGAGGCGACAUUGAGAAGCUGAGAUGCCACGGUCAGCUAUCACCCAUGGAUGGCGAGAUCAUUUACAACCUCGACAUGCUUGGUGCUCGCGUACAGAGGCAACUCAAGGAUGAGACACCGCCAUUGCAGCCCAUCUUCCCACCCAGAAUGAAUAACACGGCUGGAUUGGAGGAGGUCAGCUUGUCGCGGUUUGAGCCCAGUCUUCGGUUCAUGCUUGAAGAGCAAUGCCAGGGCACGUUAGACCCGAAUCUCUUCCCGCCUGUCAAACCACAUCUGGACAAUCAAAACCCGGCCAUGACUAUGUCACAGACUUCACUGCGCAACGCCGGCAAACCAACGUGGGCAUCGAGCCGUGCACAGUCAAAUAAACCUCGCCAGAGAUUGAUCGUGUUCAUGGCGGGUGGUGCCACCUAUGCAGAAGCACGGGCCUGCUACGAAGUGUCGCAUCAGUUUGGCAAGGAUGUGUUCCUGGCCACAUCUCACAUGCAAACGCCCAAAACAUAUCUCCGCCAAGUCAGCCUCCUCAGUGCUGGCCGAAAGCAGCUUGGUCUUCCUCAAGACUCAGGAAGGCCCCAAAUGCCAGCCUGGAUGUCAGACGCGCCUCCUAGCGAGCUUGCACCGAAGCCACAAUCUCAACAGGGAAGUCAGGGUCCACAGCACUCUCAAUCGGGACUGCCAUCAAGACCACAGCAGCCACCAAAUGGCCGUCCGCCUGAUGGCAGACCACCCACCGAGGCUAUGAAUAGAAUGAACCUUGGGCCUCCUCCCAAUGGUGGUCCAGCUAGAGCACUCUCACCCGGCAAAUCACCUGCCAGACCACCAGUCAGCACCUUCCGGCCCCCAGAAGAGAGCGGUGGCAAGCUGAAGAAGGAGAAGAAGGAGAAACAUGGCCUGUUCCACCGCAAGGACAAGAAGGACAAGUACUGA